GAGGUUGCCGCGCCACCUCACGCGCGUGCACGUUAGCCAUCGACAAGUGUAAACUUAACUCGGUUUGCUGUUGAAUGGUGUUGCUUUUUUCUCCCCGUAUUUCAUAAACUAGUUUUGAAAACCGAUUACUAGGCAACGGAAUAGUACACUGUAGCACAGAAAAUUGUGCUGAAAUAACUUUAGCGUCGUCAUUAAGACACUCGUUCGGCUGCCAACACGUUCGCGCCGCAUCUCCAUUGGGCUAAAGUGUUCAGUGAAAACAACUCAAUUCGAUUGCAACCACUGCACACAUGCUGCUGUUGAAAAGCGACAAAGUAUUGACAAAGUAAAUUGCCACAAUGUCAUCCCAGCGACGACUUCCUGCACGAGGCUCAAAUAUAACAGUUCGAAUUACCAGCAUCCACUCAUCUCCCCAUAGUCCGUUAGUAGAGUUUUGGGGGAACUUCAAUCAAGGUAAGACGUUGGAUUAUGAAUCCCUGUCUCCUGUAAACCCAUUUCAGGAGUUGGAGGGAAAUCCAGGUGACUUGUGCUUGGUUCAGAUCGACCAUACGUGGUACAGAUCUCGCAUAGUCUCAAGAAAUGGAUGCAACUGCAAAGUGCUCCUCAUCGACGAGGGGAUCACAUGCAACACCACCACAAAAAAACUAGCACGGGGUAAUAGGGAGAUCUUCCAUGUUCCACCUGAAGUGGAGCUCUGCGUGCUGGCAAAUGUUUUGCCAUUUUCACCCGAAAACCGAUGGUCUCCAGUUGCAUUUGAAUUCUUGAAUUCUCUUAGAGGUCAGACAGUGAAAGCACAUGUGCAAGAUGUACUGGUACAACAAAGAAAGCUUCUUCUGGACAUCCCGUGUAUAUCUAGACAAAUGUAUGAAAUGGGAUUAGCAAAGAAACUGGAUUCAGGCUUGUCCAUGGACUAUGUUCUCAAGGCAUCCGAGGCCCACAUUGAGGCCGAAAUCCCCACAGACGAUAUUGAGCAACUGGACAAGAAGGUGCUGUACAUGUAUCCCGAGCUGUUAACUGGAGCCGUGGAGACCGUCGUCGUCACGGAGGUGACAAAUCCACAGCGUGUUUUUUGUCAGUUGAAGGUUUUUUCCCAAGAGUUGAAAAAACUCUCCGAGCAAAUCACACAGCGCUGUAGCGGCAGAAUGGUCGGUUGCAGUGUCGGGCCUGAAAUGAUCGGGUUUCCAUGCGCCGCCAGAGGAAGCGACGGGAGGUGGUACCGCUCGGUCCUACAACAAGUACUUCAGGAAAACAACCUGGUGGAAGUACUGAACGUCGACUACGGUACGAAACAGUUUGUCCAAAUGGACAAUGUAAGACCGCUGGCUCCCGAGUUCUUCAGAAUGCCCGUUGUGACUUAUGUCUGCUCACUCCAUGGGAUUAUCGACAAAGGGAUUGGAUGGACUAGCACCCAGGUUGACUACCUGAAAACCUUACUCUUGCACAAGACGCUCAUUGCCAAAUUUGAGUAUCAAAGUAUCUCGGAGGGUGUUUACUAUGUUACACUUUAUGGCGAUGAAAAUACGAACAUCAACAAUUUGUUUCGUUCCGCAAAGAGUGAAAAAACACUCAACGACUAUGCCAUCGGAAACACAACACACAGCAGUCAGCAUCCUUCCCAGGUUGGAAACAAUUCCGGAAAGGUGUUACCUUCUGGACAGACCUUCAGGGAGGAUAAGCAUGACGAGAAAACAAAGUAUCCAGUUGAGAAGCUUUGUCACAGCUCCUCACAUAUGGCAUACGUGGUGCAUGUCUCCAGCCCUUCUGAGUUUUGGAUCCAAACCGAAAACUCCGCAAAAGAUCUGGAUGAAUUAAUGGAUAACAUGCACCAUUUCUACAAACGUUCCGAUAAUAAAGACGUGAUGGAAACUCCUGUAGUCGGCACCUACUGUGCAGCCAAAGCAGAUGAUGGUGUUUUCUACAGAGCUGUCGUGUCGGAUGUUAGCGAAGCAAAGAUCAAAGUGUUCUUUGUGGAUUACGGAGACACCAAAGAGGUUGAUGGGAGUAAUAUAAAGAGUCUCCCGGACAGGUUCAAAAGACUGCCUCAACUUGCAGUGAAAUGCUCGUUAGCCGGUGUUGUCCCAAAGGAUAAACAAUGGAGUUAUGGUGCCAUUGAGUUUUUCAUCAAAAUCACCACUGAAAAACCUCUUAAGGUACACAUAGUGGCAAAACACGGAGAUGGCUAUCUUGUAACAUUGACUGAUCCUGAGGCAGCAGAAGAACGCGAUAUCAGUCACCUGAUGUGUUAUUCCGAUCUCGCUGAAAGCGAUGAGAAACCAACCAAAGUCUCUAAGCAACAAUCAGAAGCUGGAUUCCUCGGUGUUUACAAGAAGAAUAUGGCGUCUUUCCAGACCCAAGACAUCAUUGACACUUCCUGCAAAGAAAAACAAAGCGGUAUGUUCAAGGAAAACAUGUUUCCCAUUGGUAGUGUCCUGGAUGUCAAUGUGUCCUACAUCGACACCCCAAAUGAUUUCUGGUGUCAACUCACUCAAAACUCCGUCCACUUGAAAUUGCUAAUGCAUGACAUCCAGGAACAUUAUACCGGCAGUGAGUUCGAGCCUUUUACAGAACCGGCUUGCGUCGCUCGCCACCCGGACAACGGACUGUGGUACAGAGCUCUUAUAAUUCACAAACAUAAAACACCUCAAGUGGAUGUGCUUUUCGUUGACUACGGCCAGGCAAAAACGGUUUGUCUCCAUGACCUGAGGAGGAUCUCCCCUGAGUUCCUGAAGCUACACGGUCAAGCAUUUCGGUGCAGUCUUUUCAACCCUCUCGAUGAGUCCAUGUCUGUUGUAAAUGAUUGGAACGAAGAGGCAAUAGAAACAUUUCACACCUUUGUGGAAACCGCUGCUUCCAACUUACUGACAUUGAAGUGUACUCUGUACGCGGUCAUGUACAAUGAACAAAUGAUAGUCUUCAACAUUGUGGACCUGGAAACUCCCUUUGAGAGCAUCUGCACUCGUAUAGCCAAUCUCGGUAGAAGUACACCUGCCAAGAAAGACCCCGGAUCAUGUUUCCGCUUGGACACAUACCGCUACUCGACACACAACAUCAAAACUGGAACGGAAGAACAUGUCGUGGUUACAUGCGUGGACAGCGUCGGUCAGUUCUACUGCCAACUUGACCGAAAUGCUGAUGUGAUAAAGGACCUUAAGGUGAAGGUGAACAACCUCUGCCAUCAGCUUGUGGAUGUGAAACCCCCAACCGUCUUUGGGACUUUGUGCUUUGCAAAAUACAACGACGGAUCGUGGUACCGGGCACAGAUCAAAGCCACAAAACCGGCAGUCUUGGUUCAUUUUGUUGAUUACGGUGACACGACUGAAGUGGCAAAAUCAGACCUGCUUCCAGUGCCCAAAGAAGCCUAUGACAUAAUGUCCGUACCUGUGCAAGCUAUCAUUUGUUGUCUCUCUGAUGUCCCAGCAGAUGUUCCCAGUGAGGCAAAUUGCUGGUUUGCAAAAACCGCAACAGAAUGUAAAUUCAGAGCGCUUGUAGUAGCCAAAGAACCUAAUGGUACUCUUCUGGUUGAACUCUAUCACAGAAACAUCCAAAUCAAUUCAAAGGUUAAAAAACUCUUUCGAGUAGACAUGCACACUGAAAGAAAAGUUCUCUACGAGGCUCCGAAUGAAAAUAAGGAACCAAAAGCAGCAUUCGCUAGAGAAGCAAUACCAAGUCCUUCAAAAACCAUCCCCAAACAUAUGCCUGAACCAAAACCAGUACAUCAAGUGAGAGAUGAAAACGGUCAGAAGACGAAAGCCGCUUCACAAGAACUGUACCUCCCACCACACCAAAGACAGCACGGUGCCAAGCAAAUGACUAAUAAAACAAACAACGAAAACAUCAUCGUCACAAACAACUCGAAACUGGAUUGUACAUCACCCAGCAAAGAAUCUGACAAUGCCCAGAAUCCGAAACGCCCUAAACUUGAAGACAUUCCCAAAAACUUGAUUCCGUUAAGAAUGGAGGCAGAUGUUUAUGUCUCGCAUUACAACAGCCCGUCAAGUUUUUACGUGCAGCUUGUCGAAGAAGAGCAUGAGAUAUUCUCCCUGGUGGACAAACUCAACGACCCGCUAUCAACCGCCAAAAUCAGAAUCCCAGAAGUCUUUCCAGGAGAUGUUGUUAAAGCAGAAUUUGAAGAGGAUUCCUUGUGGUAUCGGGCAGUUGUACAAGAAGUGCUCUGCGACUCUACGGCUCUUGUAGAGUUUGUCGAUUUUGGCAACACAGCUAAAUUAACCCUAUCUAAAAUGGCCGAUAUGGAUUGGGAAUAUGUGCGGUUACCGAGAUACAGCACACAUUGCAUGCUCAGUGAUUCCGCAUCAUCUCUCGAACUGCUCGAUGCAAAAGCCGUGAAAAGAGAUAUCGGCUCAAAUGCAGAGAAGAAGCUGAAGUGUCGGUUCAUGCGGCAGUCAGGAGAUAUGUGGGAAGUCGGUCUCGUGGAUAACGGCGUGCAGAUUCGGUGCGAGGCGCCAAAAACGUACCCUGAAAUCACCCCGGAUUUUGAACAAGAGUUGGAAAAAGCUGCUCAGAGCUCAGAAACAUCAACGAAUUCCUCUUCUCUUUGUUACCACCACAUGGACUUCAAAGAGGGACAGCAGUUAGAGGUUUAUAUCUCGGCUGUGUGUGAUGCUCAGACCUUCUGGUGUCAGUCUGUGGACUCGGUUGUGCUUGAUAAACUAUGCGAAAGACUCUCCGAAAUUGGAACCGCCGCCGGUCAUAAACAUUCCAACAUGAGCGCUCUCUCACCCGGCACUCCAUGCGUUGCAUUUUUUGCAGAGGACCAACUUUGGUGUCGUGCAGAGGUUUUGAAUAAAACCGAAUCUGAGCUGUCUGUUCUCUUUGUGGACUACGGAAACACAUCUCAAGUGACCGAAUCAGACGUGAGGGAAAUAACCGUAGACCUAUUGGAAACUCCUACACAGGCUUUUUUGUGUCAACUCGAAGGUUUUGAUGUGUGCCGUGACUCUUGGCGUGAUGGUGCGGCGGAUGAAUUGGUUUCGGUCACAGCGGACAAAUCACUGCAGAUGACCGUCACCAAAAUAUCGAGCGAAGAUGGAAAGAACACGUACUUUGUGCGCUUGGAAUGUGAAGAUCUAGUCAUAAAUGAGACGAUGAAAAGCUGGUUGGUGAACACCACUACGGAGGACAGCCAGUCCAAAUUGGUUGAAACCCUACACUCCACUAAUUUCACAGUAGAAGCGUUGGAAGGUGAAGAUCUUGAACGUGAAGAUAAAGGAAUUGAUGUAGCUGGAGCUCAUGUUGGUGUUGUCACAAGCACCCCAAAGAGCUUUGUAGAAGAUAUUUACGUUACAGUUCUUUCUCCCGAGUCACCUCCAGAAGAGAUACAUUCGCCAGAAAGACUGAGCCCAAAUGAAGGUGUCAUCAACCUGGUCCAGACCGUGUUGAUGCCUCGCAUAGCAAGCAGUGUUUUGCAUAGUGAUAGUGGACUAGAAGAAAACACGCCACCCUUGCAAAACGAGGAGGUAUCUACACCAGUAACUCAAACAUCCUGGCUAGAAGAGAACCUUCAGGAGUCCACAGACGAUUCUGGGAUCCAAGCGGCUUCAUCUGAGGUGGAUACCAACUGUAUGGGAACCAGCUCUGAAGUCCUGACUUCUGCUGCACCAAGUACACCAAGCGAUGACUCCAGUCUUGGUCAUUCAAGUCCAGUUACAAGCAGGACAGCCGUGAAAAUGGUUCCUCGUCAUGACGUCAAUACAUCCAAUGCGCUUCGUGCAACAGUUGCGGCCCCUUGUGGAGACUCAGAGCUGGGUCCAAGCGAAUCUCCACUGCCAUCCGUCAGUCAAAGUACACAGGAAUUACACGCAGAGCGGCAAAGUGAAAGUGAAGAUGUCAUCCCCCAGCAAGAGGAUACAGACGUGGUCAUCCUUCUAGAAGAAAUGAAUGACAUGACAACUAAUGACAACAUAUUUGGACUUUCUGAAGAGGAUGCACAUUCAGGUGACAGUGACAUUGACAGCAGACAUACCUGCACAGUUACCUCUACAGACCCGGACGCCAUGUCUGAGGAGGUGAUGCAUCUUUUUGAGUUGUCAGAUCCAAGUGGUCAAAGUGAUGAUGGCGUAACGGCCGCAAGCGGUGAUUGCCGCAUCGGUGUGGCAGGGGAGGAAAUGGAUUCCAAGGAUGACGUCUUUGUGGGCUGUUUGUCUUCUGAUGAUGACACGUCAGACAUUCUCCCUCCAAAUGUCAUUCAUUUGGCUCUGAUCGUCCAUGAUGGCUGUGAUGACACACAGCAGCCAGAAGACAGCACACGCUGAACAAAAAUGCACCUUUUGUCUGCAUUCAAGUUCAAUUUAGCUAAGAGUACUUAGUUCAUUCUAAAGUGAAUGCAUAGUUGAUUAUACUGAUGAACAAUGUUUGGUUGGGAGUAGAGACUUUGAAACUUUGUGUUAAGAACCUUAUGGUAAAUAUAAAAGUGAACAUUUUUUUGUUCGGUAACGCAGUUUUGCUUGCACUUUGGACUUGUUGUGGCACAUUAAAGUUUGUUACAGAAUUAUGUUGAACUUGUUUUUCCAUUCGUUUACGUCACUUGAACACCAACCAGGCUGUCAUUAGGGUAGACACUUUAUUAAUUAGUGAGUACAAAAACUGGAAGGCACUUUUUUUAUUCUAAUAUUCGGCAUCAUUGUU